GGUUAAAUCAUUUCCCACUUCGGCACCGCCUUCCAAAUCCGUCUUUAGGAGUUGUGUCACUUGCAGGAGGAGGUCGACACUGAUGAAAAUAGACCCCCCACACAGGCUACCGCUAAUGAAUGCAAAACAUCCAUUCCAACCGUUAUCUUAUUCUUAAUGGUGAUUGACUUGUUACUUAAGUCAGGUGACAGAAGCAGCAAUACAGCCGUCCCCUUUAUCGGACACUGGUGGUGUGGCACGUUUUACUGCAUGUUUGACUGUUUAUGUACAGUUGGUAAUGCAUCAUACAAAGUUAAUGUCAGACUGGCGUCAUGUGUUUAUAUAAAAGAGCCAUUAUAGAUGUAUUAUUACAUAUUUUAGCCCAGCUGAUUUUGUGUGAUUUCACUAUUAACCUUGAAUUGAGCUGGGUCUAAGUGUAAACAUUUAUCAGUUGGUGGCGAUAAUGCGUCAUCAUUUACCAAAAUGUAAAAACCUCAAGAAGAAGAAGGAGCACAAGGAGCGGAAAAAAAAGAGGAGAAGAAGAGGACGAGGCGACGAAGAAGAGCGUGAGCAAGACAGCGUAUUCUCUUGCUUUGUACACUCUUUGAUCCUGCUGCCUAGCAACAAACAUUGGCGAGCUAGCCCGGUUAGCUACUCUCAUGCGCAACGUAGUUAGCAGGAACGUAGGCUCGCAGACAGAUAGCAAUGCAUUUUCGUCCCGUAAAUGCCACAUAUUUUACUCAGUUGUAGACGUUAAAUGAACUUUAUGUGCCGCACUUAAGCGGUGAGCUCUCGGUUUGAGCAGUCAUUAGCUGGGUACCAUUCACUAGCGGAGCGGAGGGUGCUUUUCUCUGUGGAAAGUGGCUAACAUUAGCUAAGUAACCUUAGCAGCGGAGUCACCAACGUCUCUUCUUGCCACGGAGAAGAACAGAGGGAGGCUGGAGAUAUGUGAUUGUGGGUUAGCUGGCUGGUUAGCUUAUCUGAUGUCGGUGGACACUGGAUGACCUGAAACGCGAUUUUUACAGUGCUUACAGCCAGAGAAAUCCACACGUUUCCUUAAGGUAAUGGUGCCUUUCAUAGCUUGCCACUAUAAGUUCCUGGGUAGAGGCAGAGAGUGAGGGAAGUCAGGUGGCAGUCAGUGUUAGAGAACACAGCCAUCCAACCUCUGUGGGUCACUGCUGCAGUCAGUUUGAUAAAUCAGAGCGAAGAUAGAUCCACAUUUGAAUCCCAAAAGUCAAAAGCUUGUGUUUGUGUGCGUGUCACAUCAUUGAAACUACCCAGGCAGAGUGGAACAGAGAGAACCAGCCAGACGUCACCGCCAUGUUGGAGGAGGAUAUGGAAGUGGCCAUCAAGGUGGUCGUAGUCGGUAACGGAGCUGUCGGCAAGUCCAGUAUGAUCCAGCGUUACUGCAAGGGCAUCUUCACCAAGGACUACAAAAAGACCAUCGGAGUGGACUUCCUGGAGAGGCAAAUACUUGUGAAUGACGAGGAGGUCCGACUAAUGCUCUGGGACACAGCAGGGCAGGAGGAGUUUGACGCUAUUACCAAGGCCUACUACCGUGGUGCCCAAGCAUGUGUGCUAGUCUUCUCCACCACAGACAGGGAGUCGUAUCAGGCUAUCGACAGCUGGAGGGAGAAGGUGGAGGCAGAGGUCGGAGACAUUCCCACAGUCCUAGUGCAGAACAAGAUCGACCUGCUGGAAGACACUGUUAUAAAAAACGAGGAGGCAGAAGCCUUGGCUAAAAGGCUGAAGCUGAGAUUUUAUCGAGCUUCAGUAAAGGAGGAUCUGAAUGUGAACGAAGUUUUUAAGUACUUAGCUGAGAAGUAUCUUCAGCGACUCAAACAGCAAACAGCAGAGGAGACGGAGGUGGUCCAUAUAACAAGCAAUAAAAUAGGUGUUUUUAAUACCACGAGUAGUAAUGUCUGCAACCAGAACUCCAGCAACGGCAGAGAAGUCAUCACUCUGCGACCAAACAAACAGAGGACCAAGAAGAGUAAAAAUCCUUUUGGAAGCUGCAGCCUACUUUAGAUGAAAUCUUAUUCUAGUGACUGACUAUUAUUUCUGACACUACAUUGGUUAUUGUUGUAUUCUGUAAUCACAUUUAGAGACCAAAGCCCACUCAGACUGGGACAUGCUACUUUACACUGCAUUAAUAACCUAAUGUUUAAUCUGAAUCCUGAGUAGUUUCUGCACACUGAUGGUUGAAUUUCCUUUAAUUCAGCCUCCAGCAAUGAUCUGCACACAAUACCUGCACAUGCUUGGUUCCCCCUUGUGGUUGCCUUAAGUAACAGCAACAGUUGCAGCUACACUGCAUGUUUGUUGCCAGAAAUUUGAUUACACCCCAGAAAAAAAAGAUGGUUUUUACAGUCCGGAUUUUGGCAUUUUGACUGUGCAAUAUGUUUGCAUGUAUUGUAGAAGAUACACAAAUUAUUUUGUACCAUAUUUUUAUAGCUGUCAACAGAAUAUGGUUCAAACUAUACUGUUUAUCGUGGAUGAAAACACUAUCGAAUCCAGAGUUAUUUCUCUGCGCAGAAGUAUUUUUGUAUGAAUCACUGCAGUGUCGGGUGAUAUUUUCACUGAAGUGUUGACAUAGUGCCAAAUUAGCUCUUUCUGAGCUGUAGUUAAAUACUAAAGCUGCAGUGAUAUUGAUUUAACACGGAAUUAGUAGAAUGUGCUCCUAUGUAUAAACAAAUAUAUAGAUAACCAAUAAUCUAUAACAGUAAUUUCUGCUUAUACUCCUCUUAUUCACAGCUCUGUUAACCAAAUCAUAAGACUCUCACAAAUUCUAGAGGUUGAGUAAUGGUCCUUUGCUCUUUGAGUCAUAGUACCUCAAGUCACAGUGAGUUAUAGCACUAUGUUUUUGAUUGCAGUUGUUUACAUUUAACUGUGCUUUACUUUAACUUUGGUACAGCUCUGACUAACAGAUCAGCCUCAGAGUGAAGACGUCACUAUAUUUCUAACAUUUGACAACACAAAGGCAUGGUACAUUAUGUUUUCGAUUUGGCUUUCGUAGAAUCAUUUCUAUUUUGUAAAUAUGAAUCUGCUGCUUUCUGAUGGAGAAAUAAGAAGAAGGAGUGAGGCCAGAAAGUUUCCGGAAGACUGACAGCUCACUGCUAAGUGGUGUUUGUCCCUGUGGUACGAAUUUUUUCUCUCCGAAGGUACAAAACCUGCCCACCGAGACCAGAUAUUCUGCUCGUGUGUGCCUGGAUAUGACAGAAAAUUCAGUUUCUUCUCACUACAUGAGGGUACUCCAACAAAAGAUCCCCCAACUACAACUACCUGUGAACUUUAUAUUACUGCCUAGUCUGCGUUAUGCCUUUUUUUUUCUUUCAGAACUUAUUAUAUGAAAGAUAGCGGUUUACCAAGCACAAAGAAAUAUGUGGAAAAUUAAAGUCCCCUGUCUGAGAUGAUCAUAACUUCCUUAUAAAUAGUUACACUUCUACAUCAUCUUGGAAUAGAUGUGCAUGUUCGUUUUCUUGUCUUUUUAGAAAGUUCUCAGAUGUUCAGAUGGGACAGAAUUCAUUCAUGUUUUCAUGUUAUAGUCUGUUGUGAAAAAUCCCAUGAGGUGCUUUAAAAUAUGUUCCAGUUACACCACUGUUACAAAGACUGUCAUAUUUCAAACAUUUGUCAUUUGGUUGUACGUAAACAGUGCUGUUUGAAAAGAGAAAAAAAAAGAAGGAAGUGUGGUGUAACUGUGCAUGCAAGCAUAUGUUUUUUUUUCUCCACAUCAGUGAAUGUCUGACUCAUGCCACACUGCCUUGUCCAUGUUUACAUGCUCCACCGGUAAGCAUUUGAAUCCCUACUCUGCUGUUUGUUUAAAAGUUGCCUGCACAGUGAAUCUGUAAAUAAUUAUUUCUCAAGCUUCCUCUUAUUGUUAACGUUGUGUUUACUUUGCCUUUUCUUGCUUUUUUUUGACUGAAUGGAUUGAGAGCACUUUACCAUUAAAAUGGCAUAUAAUCCGACAUAAUUUAAAGACUAAACUAACCGUACUUAUGUGCUGUCACUCAGGUGUUGUAAUAAUCUUUAUGUUUUACUGUUACUCUUCUUUUUCAAACUUCAUACAUUGAUUUUACACAUUUAGAUAGACAGAUAGAUGCUUUCAGUCUGACAGAAACAACACUCAUUGUUGGAUUUUAGUUUUUAACGGUUAAAAGUGUAUCACAUCUUCAGGUGGGCAACACCUGAUUGUAUGUCUUUGGGGGGGUGGGAUUGAUGGUAAUCUGACAUGAAUAAAACUCUACUUUUGACCUCA